AUGCUUGGAAAUUCAAAUGACACCUUACCACGUAUGAGAGAUUCAUUUUUCGAUGAAGAUGAUGACGACGAUAACAAUAACAAUAAUCCGACCCCGCGUGCGCCACCCUUAAUAUCAUCGAUCAAAAUAGUAACCUCCAAACCACCUGUUUAUCGUCGACAGAGUCAAAGCAGUAGUUCACCAUCACCAUCAUCAUGUUGCUCUGACCGUGAUGUCACGGAUGUAUCGUCUAUGGGUGGCGAUCAUCACCAUCAUCAUCAAUUACCACCGAGGCAACAGGACAGUCGUCAACGACACUCUGAUUAUGAUCAACAUCAUCCAUUUCAUCUUCAAUCGAUGAGACAUGUCCUAUUAGGUUCAUCAGCUCCCACUAGUCGUCCACCAUCGCCAGCGAACCAUCAAACACAAUCAAACAAGAAACACGUACGCAUUGUCACCGAUGAUACGGAUCAAAAUCAUCACCAUCGUCAUCAAAAUUCUCAUCACCAACAACCUUACAUACACGGGCACGCAAAGGAUUACCGGCGAGUUCGGCUAACAUCCUCUGCAAUCAAUCGUCAAAAGCAACAACAGAAAAUUGAGCGUGAAAAUAUGAAACUGCUGGAACGUCUUCAACAAACUCGUGCAUCACGCGGUCUCAAACGCGAAGAGCUUCUCAGUCACUAUGACAAUCAAGUGGGCUAUGUAACAUACACAAUACCUCCAGCACCAGCACGUGCCCACCUUCCCCCUCGGCCAUCAAGCGCAACAAUGACGACGUCGACAGCUCCAACAUCACAAAAAAAAUCGAAUAUCCACAGUCGGCCUUCGUCCGCUUCGCAUACAAUCAAUAGUAACCGCGUACGGUCUCGACCGACAUCCGCAACGAGUUCUGUUCAUGGCAGUAGUCGUUCAUCAUCAGCCCGUCGGCCAAUUUGGAAUGAUCGUUGGCAACAACAAGAAUGA